AUUCAGUAAGGUUGGAUGACGGAAGGAGAGAACCACUACCUGGAUCUCCUUAACAAGCACCUAACCCGGAAGCAGAUCUCACUGCCAGUAGUAGUGUCAUGUGUUCCCUCGGAUACCCCUACUGGGAUCCUAUACUCACUGACACUCCGUGUUCCUGAUCUCGUCAUUGACAAAGUAGGAACAGGGAAAACAAAACAAGAAGCAAAGAACAAUGCAGCACGUGACAUAGUAAAAGAGCUAGAGAAGAUAACCGCUCAGGAGGUAUCUCAGCAGAGAGUUAUUGGGGCCGGGAGGAGGAUCAGGAAAAAUGCUGUAGCUCUGUUACACGAGUUUAUACAGAGACACAAGCUAGCUAAGCCCUCCUACCAAGUGUUAGAAUCCCCUGGAGGGAGUCGGAGUGACUACUUGCUAGAAGUGUGUAUAGGAUCACACACUCAACAGGGGCGCGGCUCCAGCAAGAAGAUCGCUAAACUAGCAUGCUCUAAGAUGAUGUACGCGGAGCUAAAGUUGGAGAUACUCGGAGAAGAGGAGGAAGAGGAGGAGGGGAGUAGCGAGUCAGGAGAGACAAUGGAGGAGGGGGAGGAGGAGAAGGAGGAGGAGUUUGUACCGGACUAUCAUUAUACUGAUCUGGACGAGUUUCAGGGCAGUGUAAGGAGCAGGAUUGUGUCGGAGUAUGAGGACAGUAGGUCUGCUCAAGCGGCCUGCUUUGCUCCCGUUAAUAUUGACAAUCUGCCAAACAAUUUGGAGGACCUGAAGGAUCUGAAAAUGACUGAGAGUCAAGUUAUAGAGGACACUUCUGAUACCUACCCUGUGCCAUAUGAGAUCCGGUCAGACUGGCGUUUUGCCAGCAUAUUACUAGAGAAAGCAUCCCAGCUCGGAGACAUCGACGUUACAUUCCAGAAACUGAAGGAUGUGGACGAUUUCAAACGAUCUUUCUUAACUUUUCUGACCAUCAGACCGAAGCAGACGAACGAUCGGACUCAGCAAUAUCUGAACAUGUCCUACGGUGUGACCCUCGAAAUUGCUACUGAAACAUUGGCUUUUGUUACUUUGAGGCAUGCAGAGAUACUUGGCUGCAAUUUAAGUGAGCUGGUACAGUUAUGUCCAGGUUCUUCAGUUAGUUCAGACACAAACGUUCACGUUUCAGAAUAGAGAUCUGACUAUCCAGUAUCCCGUGACCUUGUUUUUUAUUAGAGUUCAGAUGACCACUGGCAAAUUUGUUCCCACAACUAGCAAAGUCUACUGAAGUUGUAGCGCGCGAAAACGUUUUGUUGUUGCGGGCGCACUUGUUCACUAAACCUCGAUGUCACGUGACAACGCGGCAAUACAAUUCAUUCUCUGAAUAUUGAGGUCAUGCAUGCUGGUUAAAAAUUAAAAUACCAGUUCUCAGCCUUCUUGAG